CUGCAGAGCUUGCGGAACGGCAUCAGCUCACUUGCUGAGAGCCUCCCGGGGCUCAUCAAGGCGUUGGAUGAGGUUGCGAAGAUUCAUCCGUUCAUUGCAGUUGCGGUGGGCGCGUUUAAGGUAGUCGUCGAGCUCGACGUGAAGCGGCGCGACAAUGACAAGAAGAUCAGUGUCCUGUUCUUGGAGAUGAAGGACAUGAUGUCCGUCCUCCUUGAGUGCACCCCAGGCGCAGACGGCACGCCGAUCAAGGCACGCAUGCAGGCGCUCGUGCAGCGCACCGCGGACGACAUCAAGGACUGCGCGAACGCGUGCGACGCAUACGCAAAGAAGCGGCUGCUCGUCAAGGUCAUCAAGAGCGCGAUGUGGGACGACAAGCUGAAGGCGUACGUGGCGCUCUUCGCGGACCGCCGCAAGGCGUUCACGUUCGCGCUCGAGAUGCACGUCGGGCGCACGGUCGACGACGUGAACCGCAUGGUAGCGGCGAUGGACGCCAAGCUCGACGGGGUCCUGGACAUGUUCGCGGCGCUCGUGUCUCCGGAGCAGCGGCAGCUCGGGGAGAUCGUACGCAGUCGAGGGGGGCCUGCGGCUGUCGUGGCGGACGACCACACGUUGGAGGAUUUGAUGCGGGCGAAGGUGUCGAAUGACGGCCAUGAAGUUGGAGGGCCUGAGCACGCCCGGCAGCAGUCGGAUAGCCUCGACGCAUUGAAGGCAGACCUGUUUGACAGUCCCGAGUCUGCGGUGCGGAGGAACUUUGAGCUGUUCCAGCGCAAGUUCGCGAUGCAGCAGCGCGAGCUUGCGGACGAGACGCACGGCGUCAUCGUGCAUGAGAGCGAUAGAGUCAUCGAUGCGGUCUUAUCUGGGCCUCAUGACAAGAUCAAGGACCGGCGAUGGCGUGGCCAUGUGAAGGCCCGCCACUUCAUACUCGCACUCCGCGACUACUGGUUCCAAAAGGUUGAAGACUGGAAGAGAGGCGAAAGCACAGAUUCGCGCAUCUCAGAGAUAGACCAGGGAUUUUUGGAGAUCCUUGACGUCAGUCGGCUGCAGGCGAUCACAGAGGCGUUCGACGAGGAUGCCUCGGGCCUGAUCACCGUCGCCGAGGUGAACCAGUUCACGUCUUCUCGCCCACAGAACUACACGAUUGCCGGAUGGCUUGGAUAUUGGGCAAUAGGAUGGCAGCUCACUACGACCACGUACAUAAACCACAUCGUCGACAUUUUCGCGAAGAUGUUCGCCCUCCUGCCGCACCUCCGCCCGGAGAACAAGAAGUACGCCUAUGAGUACCUCGACAAAGUGUGGAGAUCAAUAGCCACGCUGAACGCCGCGUUCAACGGCGGUGUUGGCCCGGACGUACUGUACAAGACGUUCCAGAGCUAUGUCGACGUGGAGGAACAACGUCUGAAGCAGAGUCUGGACACAAUAAAGUACAACAUCGACGCCAUGGACACGCUACGCCUCAUCACGGGUCCUGGGAGAAUAGAGAAGGCAAGCCCAACACUUGAAGUACUGUCAUAA